AUGACCGACGGCAGCUACGACGACGAGGCGCGCCAGCUCGCCAAGUGGAAGCGACGCAUCGCCGAGAACAAGUACAUUCGCGAGCGCGGCCUUCUCGAGCAGUCCAACCUUCUCUCGUAUGCGAUGCACAAGCUGAGCCACCAGCGCGUACCGCUGAGCCUCAGUGACCGCUUUACGAUCUGGCGCUUGCUCCAGCGCGGCUACGAUGUCAACGAGCGCGACGACUCGGGCGUCCCCCCCAUCGUCCACGCGGCUGCGCAUGGCUGGCUCUUCUUCGUGCACAUGUUUUUAAACUACGACGGCGACAUCAACGUGACGUCGACGAUUCAAGAGACGGCCGUGUGCGCCGCGUGCCGACGCCAGCGCUCGGCACUUCUUCGAUACCUUGUUUUGCGCGGCGCCGACUUGGACGUGUGCGACAAGUCGGGGUUUUCGUGUCUUCGGUGGGCUACCAAGCACCAAGACGUCGGGAUGCUCAAGCUACUCUUACGCUACGGCGCGUCCGUCACAAAGGACUGCGGUACGUCCCAGAACUCGGCCAUGGACUGGGCGCGCGACUACCAGAACGACGCGAUGCUAGCGCUUCUUGAGCGGGCCUUGCUCAAAGAGAAGAAAGCGACACUCGCCAUGCUCGAAGCCAAAGGAUCCACAAAGACCAUACGGAAACGUGCCAAAGAGGCGGCGACCACCGAGGUAGCGCCAGAGAUCGUUGUCAAGACACUGUGCGCAGAAGAACGCCUCGAGGAUACAGCGUUGAGUGUGCGCGAGCGUCGGGCACGGGUGCGUCGCGACCAGCAACAGCGCGACCGUAUCGAAGCCCACGAGCGGCACGCAAAAGCGGCGUUCCAAGCGCGGACCCAAGCCGUGAUUCAGUCGCUUCGGCCGGUCGAGCACCAUAGCACGGGCGUCAUCGUGGCGAUGGAGACAGAGUGGCGCAAGGUCAAGUCCAUGCACUGGCAACUAUGCCCGCUACCGCCCAAGGUCGACACGCAGACACAAGCGUUUGUAGACCUCAAGCGCAUCCAGGACCUUGCUUGCGCUGCCAGCGAUGACAUCCUGGACGACCCUCCGACACCGCGCCUUCCAAGGCAAAAAGCGCCUUCCAUGGCUUUCUACUGCCCAACGUCAAAGUAA